GUUUCGAGAACACACACACUCAUCGGUGAAAAUACUACACGUCACCUGAUAAGAUAUGCGGGCUGAACACACACACACACGCGGGCAGUCUGAUGUGCGCACCAGUCGUUGGCACAAUUAUUUUCUCUCCUCUCUUGUUUCACUUCUUUUCUACCUUCGCUCCAACUUAAUUCUCUCUCCUACUCGUGAAUAGAUAAAUGCUGUGUUUCAGUUCUGGUGGUAAUCAAUUGUGCUUCAGAAAGUAAGAUCGAUUACAUAAACACGAAGAAAGAGGAGGAAGAGAGAGGUGAGGAGAGGAAAAAAAGAAGGAAAAAAUAUACAGGAAAGAAUACGUAAAAGGAAGAAAGAAGAGAAGAAAAAGAGAAAAUAAGGGAAGAGGAUAAACUGCUUUACAAUAACUACGCGAAGAGAAAAAGAAGGAAGGAAGAAAGAAAGGAAAGAGCAACGAAAAGAGGAAAAAGGACAGAAGGCGAGGAUGGGGAAUAAGAACACAACCUUCACGGAGGAGGAACUGGAGGACUAUGAGGACCUGACUUACCUGACGCGGCGGGAGAUUCUCGUCGCGUGGGGCAAGUGGAAGGGGCUGGUUGGGGGACAAGGGGAACCAGACAGAGUAACUCGCUACCCUGAGGAGGAUGUACAGAAGUUACCGGAGUUACAGCACAACCCGUUCAGGGAGCGCAUCACCCGCGUGUUCUCGUCACUGAAGGACUCCAGGAUGAGUUUCGAGGACUUCCUUGACUUGCUGUCCGUGAUGAGCAGCAAGGCGCCCCUGCAGCUCAAGGCCCACUACGCCUUCCACAUCUUUGAUUACAACGAGGAUCAAGUUCUGGACACCGAGGACCUAGAGGUGGUGGUGGAGAGGCUGACCGGGGAUCACGCGCUACUGCCGGAGGAGAAGAGCAAACUAGUGGAAAAGCUCCUCGAGGAUACGGAUCUGGACGGAGGCGGCAUCUCUGAGGAGGAGUUUAAGCAUCUACUGACGAAGUGCCCAGAUUUUACCCACUCCUUCAGGUUCUCAGUGUGACGCAGCAGGAGGAGGAGGAGGAGGAUGGAUGGGGUGGUGAUGGUGGUGGUGGUGGUGGGAGUGCUAUUUUGUGGAUUAGAAUGAGAGAAGGAUUAGAUUGAGUGCUUACAAAAAGAUAUGCAAAACGAUAAUGAAGAACUACAAGGUGGUGAUGAAGGAGGAAGAGGAGGAGGGAAAGAAAAGGAAAGUUGUGUUAUUUAGAGAAAAGAAAAUAUCUGGAAAACGAACAAGAAGAACAAGAACAAGAGGAUGAACAAUAAGAAGACAGAAAAGGAGGAGAAGGAAGCGAAGAGUGAGAUACAAGAGGAAACAAGAAAAGGGAGGAAGAAAGACAAGGAAAUGGUCAGGAAAGGCAAAAAACGAAGACGAAAAAUAUGAAUGGAAGAAAAAAAAAACAAUAUAGAAAAGGAAUUUAUAUCAGAAAAGAGAGUGAGAGAGGGAGAGGAUCAAGGGAAAAAAAACAUCAGUAUUAAAAUAGAAACAGAACAAGGAGGAAGAGGAAGAAGAGGAAAAAACGGAGCAAAGUAUGGAGGAAGACAGAGAAAUAUGGAGGAAAAGAAAGAGAGAAAAAAACUUGUCGAAGAGGAAGAGGAAAUAGGGUAGACAGAUCAGUAGUAGUAGUAGUAGUAGUAGUAGUAGUAGUAGUAGUAGUAGUAGUAGUAGUAGUAGUAGUAGCAGUAGUAGUAGUAAGAGGAUAAUGAUAACGGUGAUGCUGCUUCUGCUACUGUUGUGAUGAUGAUGAUGAUGAUGAUGAUGAUGAUGAUGAGGAGGAGGAGGAGGAGGAGGAGGAGGAGGAGGAGGAAGACAAUUUGAUGACAAAGGCAAGAAAAAAAUGAGGAAAAGGAGGAAAACGAAAUAAGGAGGAGGAGGAGGAGGAGGAGGAGAGGAAAAGGAGGAAAACGAAAUAAGGAGGGGGAGGAGGAGGAGGUGGUGGAGGUGGUGGUGGUGGUGGUACAGUACACUAACAAGAAAGUGACAGACGGGAAGCGAGGCGGAAGGAAAUGAGGGGAAGAAGAAGGAGAAAGAGGUAGGGACGAAAAAAAGCGUCGAAGAAGAAGAAAGACGAGGAGGAGGAGGAGGAGGAGGAGAGGAGAGGAGAGGAGUGAGAGAAAUAAUAAUACAAGAUCAUGUUCUCCGAUUACCUCCUUUCCUCCAUCAGCAGACGCGAGAGAAAAGGAAAACGGACUCGACCUUGGAGCCUCGAGGGGAGAACUUAAAUAGACGCGAAAACCCACACAAAUUAUUGCGUCCAGGAUUCAGAGUUGUCACGCUCUGCUGGCUCUCUCUCUUUCUCUCUCCCUCUCCCUCUCUCUCUCUCUCUCUCUCUCUCUCUCUCUGGCGGUUCCUAUUUUCUAUGACAGCUUUAUGGUUCUUUUAAUAUAAGUAAAGAAUCUCUCUCUCUCUCUCUCUCUCUCUCUCUCUCUCUCUCUCUCUCUCUCUCUCUCUCUCUCUCUCUCUCUCUCUCUCUCUCUCUCUCAUUAUAAUUUGAUUCUCGGGGCUCCUGGUAUUAUUAUUAUUAUUAUUAUUAUUAUUAUUAUUAUUAUUAUUAUUAUUAUUAUUACUUUAUUUUUAUUACUGUUGUUGUUACGAAACAUUCUAGUCGACUGUAAACAGAGCAAAAUGUAAAUAAUUGUGAAAAAUAAGAUUGGAUUACAAAUUAA